AUGUGGAUCCCGUUCGCCGCGCAGCUAUCACUACUGGUGUCGCAGCGUGUGCUCGACAGCGCCCCCAACGAUGAGAGCUCUGGGAGCGUCUCACUCGCGCCGCGGCACGCGCACGUCGCCAGCUACAACCAGAGCCAGCCUCUGCUCUUCCACUCGAACCCGAACACGUUCUCGAUCAACUCCGACCCGCUCGUUCUGAAGACGCGCAAGGUCAAGAUCCGGCGCGCGCGGAGCAGGCCGCCGCACAUGCUCUCAUGGGCGCGGUCUGUCAAAGACGCGCGCGAGGGCCGCGUCAACGCAAGCGGCUGGAUCGCGCCAAAUAUCAACACCGCUGCGCUGCCAUUCGGAGCUUACGCGGCGGACGGCGACGGUGGCGACGGUGACUGGGACGACGUCGAGGUGGACGCGCCAGACGUCACCGACCGUCAAACGCUCCUUACUCUUGCAAAGAUGAGCAGCAAUGCGUACACGACCCCGGACGAGAGUAACUGGUGGCCACUCAGCAAGUGGAACAACGGGACCGGUUACGGCUGGGAGCCCGAUGCUGACGGCCUGAGAGGGCACAUCGGCACGUCAGCCGGCGUUCUCGGCUCUGGCGGUCCGACAGCGAAGAACGACAAGUUCAAUGACAACCUCAUGUUCUCGUGCUGCUGUGCGCGAGUAGACUUCUCAUGGUCGACCGUGUGUGACUGCUACGCGGGCUCGUACAAGUGCGAGCAGCAGUGCGUCGAAAACGCCCUCGUCGAAGAGUCCGUCUACGCCUCGGUCGGAACCAACCUGUACAACAACGUGACCUACAUGUACCCGGACGCCAACAUCUGGCUGACGGGGCACUCGCUCGGCGGCUCUCUGUCCGCGCUGAUCGGCUCGGCGUUUGGCGCUCCGGCCGUAGGGUUCGAGGCCCCCGGCGACCGACUCCCGGCUCGGCGCUUGCACCUCCCCGGCCCGCCCGCUAUCCCGCCAGAGCUCUCGGGGAUUACGCACGUGUACCACACCGCGGACCCGAUCCCGAUGGGCGCCUGCACCGGUGCGUAUUCGGGCUGCUAUGCUGCGGGCUUCGCGCUCGAGUCCAAGUGCCAUACGGGCGAGACCAUCCUGUACGACACCGUGACGGUGAAGGGAUGGAGCGUCGAUGUGCGCACGCAUCGCAUCAGCGAGGUCAUCAACCGCGUGCUCGCCGACCCCUGGCCGGUCGGCGACGAUGACGGAGACGGCGACAAGAAGCCGAAGGAGCCGCCCAAGCCUGGUCCGGGCGACGGUGACGACGACGACGAUGACGACGACGAUGACAUUCCCGGCUGGCCGUGGAGCAACUGGUGGGGGUGGGGCAACAAGCCCCGCACCAAGAAGCCCAAGUGGAACCCGCACGGCGGUGUGCCCAAGGCCAAGCCAGAGGAAGACUGUGUUGACUGUUACAAAUGGGAGUUUGGCGAUCAUUGGGAUGACAAGUAG